GUAGAAAAGACGAUUAGCUGGUGCUGGUAGUCGGUGUUGGGUAUUUGCUAAAUUAUAUAGCGUGCUUAGUUGGUCCGAUGCGUUUUCACAAGAGUAGGCCGCCGAGGGGGCGUUCUUCAACUCUCUCUCUCGCCUCAUCAAGCACAACCUCCACCAUGGCCACCCAGGAAAAAGAGCAGUUGGGGCGCGAUUCCAAAAUUAGUGCCCUCAAAGCUAUAGUACCUCACCUACCAAACCUUCUCCUCAAGUCAACAACCCAUUUCCUCUCGUUAACCCCGCAGUCUCGGUCUUGGGAUCUGCGGACAACGCUUACUGUCGAGUUAUUACGAAGCUACCUCGCUAGAACGAUUGAUGACGGUUUACAAACCGUCGAAAGCAUUCAAAGCUUGACGAUGAAGCAGCUAAAGGUUGAACCGCACACUUGGAAGGUGGAUGUACAGAUUCCGGUAGGCAGCGCAGAUGGAGAGUUAAUCGAGAGAAUCGUGGAAACGGUUGUUGAGGAGCUCGGAGAUGUGGGUAUUCGGCAGCACGUACCCAAAGUGGGGGCCAAGAGUUUAACGGGGGAAUGGGUUGGUAACAGGAAAGUUGUUUCCGGGGGGGAACGAGAUGAGGCGGCCGAACGACGGAGAGAGAACUUGAGUGAGGAGGAAAAAUAUGAUGGCUUGAUGAGGGAAGUGGAGGGUGGAGAGGAUAGUGGAGUUGUGUUAUGGUUCCAUGGAGGUAUGUUUUUUUUACUUAUUUUUUACUGUCAGCUUGAGCGGAAGGGCACGGUGCUAAUUGACUUCCAGGAGCAUAUUUGUAAAUCUCUCAUUACUUCCUCUGGUAUUCUUCGACCUACUAAUGUUGAUAUAGCCUGUGUGACCCCGUCACCCACAGAUCCAUUGCGCGCAAGGUAGCAAGAACUACUAAAGGUUUGCUUUCUUCGGAUACCCUGGAUGACCAGUCGCUGAUUUUUAGGUCGUGUAUUCCUUCCCCGAUACCGCCUAUCACCGCAAAACCCCUUUCCGGCGGCCCUAAUCGACGCCCUGAUAAGCUACCUAUAUCUCCUAUAUCCGCCGCCAGGUGCUCUACACUCCCCAGUACCCGCCUCUAAGAUCAUCUUUGCUGGUGACUCAGCUGGAGGUGGGCUCUCUUUCGCAUUAUUGCAACUCUUGCUACACUUAAACCAUACACCGGAACCCACCUCUAAAGCCAAAGAUGAGGGCUUCCCAUUGGCUGAGGAAAACUUCUGCAUUUCUUGGCGAACAUCCCAAAGACCUAUCCCUCUACCAGGGGGAAUAGUAGGAGUAAGUUCUUGGGUAGAUGUUAGUCGAUGCUUCGGUGAGAUCAGGUUGCCAAAUGGGAGUAGAGGAAGUGAGGAGGAAUGCAAAGAAUGGGACUAUCUGCCGGCACCUACCGACUAUCGGGGGAGAAGAUACCCUCCGUCACCAGCUUGGCCGGAAAAUCCAGGGAGAACUCAUGUAUGUUCUCUUGUCGUCAUUUCUCGAGGGGGAAGGGCACUAAUCUGGACAGUUUUAUGCCCCAGAUGAGCUGAUUUCUCAUCCGCUUGUUUCCCCAAUUGUUGCUGAAUCAUGGCAUGGAUCCCCGCCAAUCUGGAUGUGUAUCGGGGAUGAGUGUUUGCGGGACUCGAAUUGUGGGCCUCCUUCCUCCUCUCAUCAACGGCCCCGAUACUAACGGGGGUAGUGUUUUUUACCCACCGACUUUUAGCGUCUAAUGUGUGUGUUCGCUUCUUGAAAUUUACCGCCAUGCCACACUGCUUCCAAGUGAUCAUCCCACACCUUGACCUCUCGAAAAAGUGCAUUGCAAAUAUGGGCGAGUUUAUCGAUGCUAUUUUCAGCAAUGGAAGUGUCAAAGUUGGUCAAACAAGAAUUAAUUUGAAAUGGGGCUCUCAGGAGGUAGUUCCCGAUGACGAACUAUGUUUGGGUGGACUUAAACUAGAGGACGUUGCUGCGUUAAUGAAGAACGAGAUAAACCUUUGGAAGGAACACGCGCGGAAGGAAGAGACUGAAGAGGCGAUGAGAUUGUAGACAUGUUUUGGGUUGUAAGUUGUAGUAGGAUAGAUGUACGGAUAGGUGUGUUUUGGCGAUUGUUUUUCGCACGAAUGUUUGAGAGUGUACGAUUUUAAGAUAUAGCUUAGUAGGCCAUCACUCGGGUCAUGGGGCCGAUUCCUUGAUUGUGGGGUGGGGUUGUGGGGAAACGUUUGAACUAGUUAUCAAUUGGGGGUUUGGGCACUCUCAGUUUACAUGUCACGCGCAUCUCUCUCCUGAUGUCAAGCAAUUGUUCGCAUUUCAUUUCCCCUUCGCCGUCAACCUUCACCCUAUGCAAGUCUCGGUAUCGAGGUGUUCUCCUUUGCGCUCGGUUCGCUGAUACUCCUGUUUUUGUAUGUUUAAUGGUCUGAGAAUACAAUUGGCUAUCAAUAGUGCGCAGACUAGAGCUUGGAAUCAACCUUAUUUGGCAGAAACCCAAAAUCAACCUCCUCCCACUCCGGAACUAUAUCCUUGGGUAGAUCUCUAGGAACUACUCAGGGAACUUUGGUUCCCUCUUUUCCAAAAACGGUCUGAGCCCUCCUCCUUAUCCCUACUAAAAUCAGCUGCCGAGCUUCGAGGGCCAAGUCGCAGGAUCGCUCUCCAUGGAACAAGGGGUAUAUAAUCUCCGAAUCCAAUACUGUAGAUGCGCCUCUCUGGUGCCUCCCGGACCCCUCCACGUUGGCAACUUUGCCAG